AUGGAUGAGGAGCCCGCCCGUAUUCAGGCCAUGGAUCGCCCCGGCAUCAGGGCCGAGGGCGAUCUCCUUCACAAUAUGCAGCGCGAGGUUGCACGCCUGCUCAACCGCGAGAGCACCAACUUUCCCGGCGCCCAGCCCGUGUCCUUUGCUCGCCGGCAUCUAGAGGAGCUUCGCAGAGAUGACUACUACGUCUGCGAAAAGUCCGACGGCAUCCGCUACCUGCUCUAUCUGACCGACGAUGGCAACGGCCAGGAGUUACAUUACCUCAUCGACCGAAAGAACGACUACUGGUGGGUGAAGAAUGCACACUUUCCCACGGUCCAGGGCGAAGGGACCUUUCACCGCGACACCAUUCUCGAUGGCGAGCUCGUCGUCGACACCAUGCCCGAUGGCACCCGCGAGCCCGUCUAUCUCGUCUUUGAUUGCCUUGUCCUCCACGGCCAGUCACUUAUGAGUCGAGGCCUACAGAAGCGCUUUGGCUAUUUCCAUAAUGAGGUUUUCAAGCCAUACAAGAAGCUUUUCGAAAAGUACCCUCAAGAAAAGGCCUACCAGCCCUUUAUUCUCGGCAUGAAGGAGCACCAGCUUGCCUACGGUACCGAAAUGAUGUUCCGCCAAAUCAUCCCCAACCUGCACCACGGCAACGACGGCCUCAUCUUCACCUGCCUGAGCACCGAGUACAAGUACGGUACCGACCCCCACAUCCUCAAGUGGAAGCCUGCCGAGGAGAACACGGUCGACUUUCGCUGGAAGUUCCACUUCAACAUGGUCCAGCCCGACGAGCAAGAUACGGCCGAGGGCGUAACUGAGCCUUACAUUGACUACGAUGGUGUUCCACGCGUCGAGCUCCUGGUGUUCCACGGCGGUAAGGACGACUACAGACCAUUUGGCGAGCUCCACAUGACCGAGGACGAGUGGGAGGAGCUCAAAGCCCUUAAUGAACCUCUCGAUGAGCGCAUUGUCGAGGCCUACAUGGAUGAGCAGCGGCGAUGGCGCUUCUAUAGAUUCCGCGAUGACAAGCACAAUGGUAAUCACGUCAGCGUUGUUAAUAGUGUCCUCGAGUCGAUCGAGGGCCGUGUCACCAAGGAAGAACUGAUCGAAGCAGCGCCGGAUAUUAGAUCAAAGUGGAAGCGUAGAGAGGCCGAGGCAAAGCAGGGUCAGAGAAGAUGA